AUGGGUAAUUUUCUUAUUGUACCAUCGUUUCAUCGAAAGCCAAAACGUUCAGAAACGAAUGAUAAUCAAACAACUACAAUAGAAAAUAAAGAUUAUCAUAUUUAUUAUAAUGCUACACCUGAUACGGAGUCAUCUUUAUGGAUUGCUAUUAAAAAUCGACGAACACAUUCAACAAAAUCAAAUCGUAUUCGAACAACACGUUAUAAUAUAUUAACAUUUAUACCAAAAAAUCUUUUUGAACAAUUUCAUCGUAUAGCAAAUAUUUAUUUUGCUAUAUUAAUUGGUCUCAAUUGGGUACCAGUUAUAAAUGCAAUUUCUAAAACUGUUGCUUUUAUACCAUUAACAGUGAUAUUAAUUAUAACUGCAGUUAAAGAUCUUGUUGAAGAUUUAAAACGAUGGAGAAGUGAUGUAAAUAUUAAUAAACAAAAAGCUGAAGUUUAUGAUAAAACACUACAGACAUUUAUCGAGUGUCAAUGGCAAGAUUUAUCCGUUGGUGAUAUAAUACGAGUACGUAUUGAUCAAACAGUACCAGCUGAUAUUCUUCUAUUAUCAUCAGUAUCAUCUGAACAUACGUGUUAUUUGGAUACAGCUGCUAUUGAUGGUGAAACAAAUCUGAAACAAAAAAGUAUUCCAUCUUGUUUUUUUAAUUCAACUAAACCUGAAGAAAUGAAUUUUGAAUUACAAUGUGAUCCACCCAAUGAUGAUAUUUAUCAUUUUCAUGGUCGAAUUGUAUUAUCAUCAGGAACAAAUAUUUAUUCAUGUGAUAAUAAUAAUAUACUUUUACGUGGAUGUGUACUACGAAUAACUGAUUAUAUCGAUGGAAUUAUUAUAUAUGCUGGUAAUCAAACAAAAAUAAUAAAAUCAUCAAAAACAUCAUCAAGUAAACAUGCACUUAUUGAACGAUAUAUUAAUCGUGAUGUCUUAUUUUCAAGUUUAAUUUUAAUAUUUUUAUGUUUACUUGGUGCUGGUUUAUCAUUACGUUGGGAACAUUCAUUUGGAAAUCAAUGGAGAUUUGUAACAUUUCUUAUCGAUAAUCCAUCGAUCGAUGCAGCAAGUCAUUUUUUUGCAUCAGCAUUACGUUUUAUGAUAUUAUUUCAAGUACUCGUUCCUAUAGCAUUAUAUGUUUCAUUAGAUAUUGUACGUGUUUUACAAAUGUAUACCAUAGCAAGAGAUAAAAAUUUAAAAUAUGAACAUCCAAUUAGUUGUCGUACAUUUACAAUAAAUGAAGAUCUUGGUCAAAUUGGUUAUAUUUUUACGGAUAAAACAGGUACAAUAACACAAAAUAAACUUGUAUUCAAAGCAGUAUCUAUUAAUGGUUUACAAUAUUCAAAUCGUUCUGAAUUACCUGAAAAGAUUGAUCCAAUAAUUCAUCAUUUUUUAACAGCACUUGCAAUUUGUAAUACAUCAUUUAUUGUUCAUGAACAUCGUGAAUUAAUGCAUGAUAUUAAUUAUCAACCAAAAUAUGAAGGUGAUAAUGCGGAUGAUCUUGUACUUUGUCAAGCAGCAUCCGAUUUUGGUGUUCGGAUGAUAUCACGUUCAGCACAAACAAUUAUUGUUCGUUAUAUUGAUUCAACAGAUACAGAAAAACGUGAUAUUGAAUAUGAAAUAUUAUGUUUAAUACCAUUUGAUUCGACUCGAAAACGAAUGUCAAUUAUUGUUCGUGUUAAUAAUGAAAUAUUUUUGUAUAUUAAAGGUGCUGAAACAUCGAUAUGGUCAAAUUUAAAUGAUUCCAAUGAUGCAGAUAUGAAAUUAACAACUGAACAACAUAGUUUAGGUUUUGCUGAACAAGGUUAUCGUUCUUUAUUAGUUGCUUAUCGACAAAUACCAUUGGAAGAAUAUGAAAAUUGGUUUGAACAAUAUCGAUUUGCUGCUAAUUCACUUGAUAAACGUGAAGAUGCUAUAUCCGAUGUUGCAACACAAAUUGAAGUUAAUUUAAUGUUAAGUGGAUUAACCGCUGUCGAAGAUAAAUUACAAGAAGGUGUACCAAGAACGAUUGCAACAUUACGUUGUGCUGGAAUUAAAAUUUGGCUUUUAACUGGUGAUAAACAAGCGACCGCUUUAAGUACAGCACAAGCUGCGUCAUUAGUUAAUAUUCCACAAACAAUUAAUUCUGAUAAUACACCAUCGAUGUUAACUUGGGAGUUUGAUGUUACAACACAUACUCAUAUGAUUUAUUAUAGUUCACAAUUAAUUGAAAUGGAUCAACAAUUAGGUCAUCGAGAUAGAAGAAUAUCGAAUGAAAUACGUACGAGUGAAACAAUUGCUCGAAUGAGUGAAGUUAUUGCUGCGCAAACACAUCCUGUUUGUUUAGUCGUAACGGGUGAUGAUUUAGGUAUUAUUCUUCAAUAUAAACCAAAAGAAUUUAUUCGAGCAGCUGCUCAAUGUCAAUCCGUUUUAUUUUGUCGAGUAUCAGCUACACAAAAACGUGAACUUGUUACCAUUGCAAAAUCCGUAUUUAAACAUCGAAUUUUAGCAAUUGGUGAUGGAGCCAAUGAUGUUGGUAUGAUUCGUGAAUCUCAUUGUGGUAUUGCUGUUUUCGGUCGUGAAGGAUCACAAGCAGUAGCUGCUGGUGAUUUUGCUGUUGAUCGCUUUGAAUGUCUUCGUUAUCUAUUACUUGUUCAUGGUGCUUGGUGUUUUACACGUACAAGUGAAUUAAUUUUAUAUACAUUUAUGCAUAACUGUCAAUAUGUACUUGUAAUUUUUUAUCAUCAAAUUUUUAAUGGAUAUUCUGGUGAAGUUUCUAUUCAUUCAUUUUAUAUUAUUCUCUACACAAGUUUAUUUACUGUUCUACCUCAAUGUGCUGCUGCUUUAUUUGAUCAACAUGUACCAGCUGAACGAGCUUUACGUGAACCUCAACUUUAUCAAUAUACUUUACAUGGAAAAUCAUAUACUAUGUCAUCAUAUUGGAUCAAUAUGUUUGAUGCUGUUUGGCAAAGUGCAAUUAUAUUUUUUAUAUCUUAUUAUUCUUAUCGACACGAAUCAGAAAUUGAUCGAUUAUCAUUUGGUUUUUCACUUGUAUUUAGUAUGAUAAUAACUUCUUUAAUACAUGUUUUUCUACAAACAAGACGUAUUGAUUGGUCAGUUGUUGGUUCAACAAUAUUAAGUUUCUUAGUUUUUCUUGGUUUUACACUUGUAUUUGAUGCUACUUGUAUCAAUUGCAUUCCAGCCGAAAGUCCAUAUAAAGUAUCAUAUCGAACAUUCCGAGAAAGUCAAUUUUGGUUUACAAAUAUCUUUAUUAUUAUAACAGCAAUGUUACCUCGUUUUACAUUCAAAUGUGUAUAUAAUACACUAAGAAAUCCAUUCCGCUAA